UUAGAUGUACAGGAAAGAUGUCCAUUCAAAAAAAAAAGAGCAUCUUCUUCAGCUAUAUGAGCUUGUUCUCUGAGCAAGUUUCUCUGUAUGAAUUCCCUGUUUUUUCUCUGUUCUCUUCGAUCUGGCAUCUGAGGACCAGUACUUUCAAAGCAAGCCUUCAUUUUCUUUUCUCAUACUUUUCUGUUCACUUUUAAUUAUCUCCCUAACCAUGAAUGAUGUUUUAGUUUGAGAAGAUCCAGAUGAAAGUACUACUUUGCUUUGGUUUUUCUACUGUUCGUGUUGAUGGUUCUUAUGCUGUCCAUGCCGCUGUUAAUUACGACAAAGUAUUCCCGUCGGCUUCUAGGGUUGGAGUUCCAUGCAAGCGGAUGAUGGAUACAAUAACUGUGAAAUGUGGUCACUGCAACCAUCUCUCCUUUCUCGGCCCCAGACCCAUUGUGCAGUCCCUUACUCCCACUAAUCAUCAUCUCAUAGGCCUUCAGGGUCCUUGCACUGACUGCCUGAGAGGACAACCUUCACCACCAUCAUCAACAACUUCAAUUGAGCAAAUGAUCCAAAGCCCACAAUUUGUCAUGAAACCUCCCGAGAAGAAGCACAGAAUGCCUUCUGCUUAUAAUCGCUUCAUGAAGGAGGAAAUACAACGAAUCAAGGCAGCUAAACCUGAUAUUCCUCACCGGGAAGCAUUUAGCAUGGCUGCAAAGAAUUGGGCUAAGUGUGAUCCUCGUUGCUCGUCGACUAUUGUUUCUCCUUCUGAUACCAAUGAACUGGCUCCCGUUCCAGAUUCGGAAAGAAGCAGUUGCUCUAGAAUGGAAAGCUCAAGUGUUUGCAAGCAAUUGGAAAAGAAGGAUUAGGUUCCGAAACAACAUAUGGAGCUCUUCCUCUUUCCUAGUGAUGCAAUUAUGGUGUUAAUUUUUGUUGGAUCUUGUCUUAGAUCUCUCUAUAGUGAAACAUCUUUAAAUCUGUACUAUUUCCCAGUUAUGAUCCAUGUGUCCUAUGGAUGCACUGCAGAUGAAGAGGAAGUGAUCCAUACAUGUUGCUCAGAUGUAUGAAUUGCUAAGAUUUAAACCCAA